GCCGCCCUGCACGCUAAUGAAAAGGCAGGGAAUUGAGACGACGGUGCACGACAAACAGUUGUGUAAUUGCUUUUGAGAAACGGCUCUUGUCGGAGGCUGUCAUCGAUUGGUCUUUGCGAGGACGACUCGUUUACUCAGUGUGUGGGAGGAGGGCCGGGCGGGUGUGGGGGCCGUGAUCAUUACAGGGCUGACUGUGGUACCACUUUAUUAACUCAAUAUGGUUUGAUGUUUCACUGUGGUGGGGAGGGAUGUUGUCAUAGUUGGCCGAGGAAGAGGAGGGAUGCGUACCCGGCUCAUCAUAGAGGCGGAAAACACACAAUGGAAGUUGAAGAAGAUGAAAAUAAGCGAAUGUGUCGCAGAUUUGAGGGAGUUUUGAAGCACAGUUGACCCCGUAAAACGCCGUGAGCUCACAGUUUGUGGUGAAUCGAAUCAUACCUGCACUAAACAGGCUGAUUGCAUAAGCUGAUUGUGCGCCGGAUGGUCUAGACUGACAGUGGGUGUCGAGCUGAAGUUCUCCAAACGGUGUUAUGAAUGAAGAGCCCAGGAGUGCGUCACCGUGUAGUAUACAUCCCUCCCCAGCAGAUGGCCCCGCCUGCAAGAGCUUGGCUGGGAGGGUGGAGGGGUUGUUGGAUAGUGCGUGUGUGUGUGUGUGUGUGUGUGUGUGUGUGUGUGUGUGUUAUCGAUUUGGCAUUUGAGAUAUAGCAUGCAAUGUAACAUUUUUUGGACGGUUCCUAAAAUAUUUAUUGCUGGUGAUGCUUCUCCUCGGCCACCAGUUUGCUUCUUCUUCUUCUUCUCCUAUUUAAUUAAUGACAUCAAUGCAAAUUGGGGGUGGGGUGGGGGGGGUAGCAGCAAAUGGUCCAAAUGACUGGUGGAUUUUGUGAAUGGAGCACUUAGUGACUGGGGAAUGACGUCAGCACAAAAGCCAUGUCCCUCACGAGUGAGCCAGGACCGAAAGGAGGCGUCUCAUUGGCCGCCCGUGGCAUCAGAGCGACGUGAUUGGCCGCCGGCGGAUAAUUAAACACCUACACAGUCAAUGCACAAAUCCAAGUGGUGGGAUAUAUAGGCUGGAGCGUUGGCGCUGCAUGCAACAGAAUCAAGAGUUGUCCUGCAAGUUGAGGGAAAGUCAACUUAUUGUGUUUUGCAAAGAGAGACGUAGAGAUUUAUAUUUAUUUAUUUUUUUUGCCGGGUGAUUAUCACUGAUAAGGUAAGUGCUGCCGCCUCUUUUCUGAGCGUUUGUGUACCUGUGAGUGAGCGGUUUGCAUGUGCACACACAGACUUUGUGUUAGAGAUUGUGUUGGUUAAUGGGAUUGAAGUGGGACCACUGGGGUCAGCAGCAGCAUCACCAGCACCAGCAGCACCCGUUUGGUGAGGAUCCAGGCUGCUAAUUGAAGGCCAAGGACGGAGACAAGGAGGAGAAAACAGAGAAACAGAGGCAGGGGAACGAAAAAAAAACAAAAUAUGUGAAGAGACAGAGGGGGAGAAGAAGAAGAGAGAGUGAAAGAGGGGGACAGAAAGAAAGAAGAGAUGGACAGGGGAGAGCUGGUUGGAGUGUGUGUUUGGAGAGAGAGAGAGAGGGAGAGAGAGAGAGAGAGAGAGAGAGAGAGAGUGCUGGCAGCUCAUUACACUAAUGCACUGGUCCCUGAGGGAGUUGGCAAGCUUGGAGUCCUCCCUCCCUCCCUCCCUCUCUCCCUCCCUCUCCCCUUUUCACCCCUCCUCUUCCAGCGUUAGCGAGAGCUACAGGCAUUGCAUGGUCCAGGACCCCCACCUUGACUCACACACUCACACACACAUGUACACACACACACAAAAUCACACAAACACACACUCCCACCUGCAAGCAUGUCACACUUGAGGACCUGCAGCACUUAACAUGAGAGAACUACCUGUCCUGAGAGCUUAGGUGGAGAUUUUGAAGGAACAGUUCGUUUUGCAGAAGAAGAAAGAGGACAGCGAGUGUGUGUGUGUGUGUUUGUGUGUGUGAGUGAGAGAGGUGAGUUUUGUGUGAAAGUAAAAAAGCAAAAAAAGACAAAAACUGAAGCUAAAAUGUGUCUCACCUCUCUUUAAAGCGACAGUAAGGGUUUUUUCUUCUCUCUCAUGUUGAACUUCCACUCAGAUCAGACACUCACAGGUUUAUCUGCGACAUUUAUACGAUCAGUUUUCACCAGCCUGAGCUUUUACUUUUACUCCGAGGAUGUGUGAGCGAGUGUGAGUGGCAGCAGUUUUGGUUUCACCCGCACCAGCUGAUGCCGCGGUGUCUUUCUCGCCGUUUAGGGGACCAUGGUUAUGUUGAAGAUCUCCGCUUUCCUCGUUGCCUACGCCCUGGUCAUUUGCCAGAUGUACUGCUCACAAGCCGCUCCUGCCAGGUGAGAUAUUUUACACUUAAAGACGAUCUUUAUUCAUGCAAAAAAGACCAAAAAUUUAGGAGAAAAUAGCUUUAAUAGAGAGAUCCAAGUUGAGAAGAGUUUGAAGAAAAAUCAACAAAAAGAGGAGGAUGUUUGUGUCAGGAAACGACACAGAAUAUAGCUUCUGAUGAUUUUGUUUUUUAAUGUUUGUGUUUUGAUAAAGAGUUUGAUCACAUAAAUGUUUUUCCCUGGAGAAUAAAUCUAAAGUUUGUGAAUCCUGAACUCUAAAAAGAAGAUUUGGCUUCAACUUUUUGGAGAGAUUUGUUCCAAAAAGGGGAAAAAAAAGUUGUAAUUCACUUGAGGGCGAGAUGAAUGAGAUCUAUAGAUAUAUAUAUAUAUUUAUAUGAAGCAGCAGUGAAGCCACUCCCCCCCGCCCUGUUCCCAUGAAGCCAUCGAUUUAGUCAUAAAUCUAAAGCCGCCUCUCUCCGAUGGGGCACUUUCAGCAGAUUGUUUCCCCGCGUUGGCCGGGGGCCCUCCAACUCAGACGUCAUCCCUCCCCGAGCCGGUGACGUCCCAGCCAACCCCCGACCCCCCCCGCUAUCCAUCCAUCCAGUCACUCUACCCCACCCGAACACACACACACACACAGAAACACACACACACACAAACCCUUCUUGUAACUGCAGGUGAUAACUCCAGCCAAAGAUUUAACGCUGAUCUCUUCUCUCUCUCUCUCUCUCUGACCCCCAAACCUCUCCACUCCACACCCUUCAGACCGGGUUUGGAGUCCAUGUCAGACCGAGUCACGCUCACGGACUACGAGGCGCGAAGGUUACUCAACGCCAUCGUCAAGGAGUUUGUGCAGAUGACGGCGGAGGAGCUGGAGCAGCAGGCGACUGAAGGAAACAGGUACACAGAUGAAGAAAAGAUCACUUACUUUUAUUUAAACAUCUACUUUUAAAGGAGUUUUAAAGAAGACUCGACUUCAGGGGAGGUUUUAGUAAAGUUUAAACUCUUCUGACAAAAUAGGCAGGGUUUUUUUUUUUUUCUGGGCUACCAUGUUGGAAUUUUUUGCCUCAAAUUAGAAACCGCAUCUCAUCCUGGUUUCACUUGAACUCAGCUAAUGAUGCGUCUUUUUAGCGCCCCGCUCAAGUUCAAUCAAGCGUAGAGGUAUGUGCUUCGAAUCAGGGUGUAAAACGGAUCGAUCGCCAAAAUAAUCCAAACAGACUUAAAGUAGUUUCUUCUUCUUCUCUGUCCUGACCCUGCUCCUGCAUGGAUGAGCUUGAUUUUGUUUGAACUGGCGACUAUUUGCAGCCUGCCUGCGGGGCAUGUGAACAGCGUGCGGCUAAUGGAACGAAUAAGUGUGCAUGAUGUCAAUUAAGUGGAGUUGCAUGACAGUGGGAAGCGACUGGUUCUGUUUGUUCUGUGGGUGUAAGAGAUGUGACAAGAAGGGCCUGACUCUGGGUGGGGGUUCUGGCGCAUGAGGGGAUGGAUGACAGGUUUUUUUGAUGGGUGGGGAGUGAGGGGGGGGAAAGCAUGAAGCUGCUGCAGGAUGGGCGGGUUUAUUUUUACUUCUUCUUCUUCUAAGUGGCAUGAAAAAGUGAUGCAUGUGAAAUGAGAAAUGCUGCGUGAAUGAAACAGGAGGAUUAGAACUGAAGUGGAUUUUUUCUGCAUGUUUUCUCACACACGCCUAUGAGCCUGUUCUAUGCAUGUGUCUCUGUGUGUCCCCUCCCCGACAGCAUGGACAGGCCCCUAACCAAGCGCUGCUCCAACCUCAGCACCUGUGUGUUGGGCAAACUGUCUCAGGAGCUGCACAAGUUGCAGACGUUCCCUCGCACGAACGUGGGAGCGGGGACGCCCGGCAAGAAGCGCAGUGCGCCUGAGAGCGACAGCUAUGCAAGCUACGGCGAGAUGUUUGACAGCGUCUAACCCCCCCUCCUCAUCCUCAUCCUCAUCCUCCCUGUACCCCCCCUCUCUCUCUUCCUCCUUCCCUCUCUCUCCAUUUCCUCCCUCAUUGUUUUUGGAUCGGCAAGUGCAUGUUGAUUUGAUCUGCCUGACUGACAUGAGAAGUUAACUGUAACUGCAACCAACUCUUCCAUAAUUUCCUCCUCCCCCCUCUUAUUUUUGGCAGAGAAUGAUUUGUUCCCGUCAUUUAGACAAUCAGAGUUAGUUUUCAUGAAUGUGAUUGAGGAGCCGGUGCAGACAUCCAUCUCUGUGUGUUACUGUCUGUGGAGUUAUUUGAUGGCAUGAAGUUAAAAAACCUGCUAAAGUUACAGGGUUUAGAGAGAUCACUUAAUGGAAGCAUUAAUAAAUGAUCCACUAAUGCGACACCAUGUUUCUUGUUCAAUAAACGUAUUUUUCUACCAGGAAGCCUUAGGUCAUUUUCAUUCUUUAAUCUCAAAACUCGAUGGUAGAUCCUUAUUUAGAAAGAAAAACAGACAUAAAUAAGACUUUAGAGCGCCUGAAAUGACCCCUGAGGCUUUCAUCGAGCUCAAAGGUAAGAAAAUAUCACCUCAGGAGUGCAUCAUUUUACCCUCAGUGUUGUUCAAUAAAAGAUUCAUGUGCAGAUUUUGACGUGAUCUCGGCGUUAACCUCCCGUUCGCUCUCUUGAAGCAGCGUUACAGCACAGAAGCGAGCCUGCAACACGGCAACCUGCGUCACUCACCGCCUGGCGGACUUCCUCAGUCGAUCAGGCGGGAUGGGCAACAGCAACUUCGUCCCCACUAACGUCGGCGCGAAGGCCUUUGGGAGGCGGAGGAGAAACGUCCAGAUGUGAGCACCCCAGACCUUCAGGGAAACGGUACAUGAGAUUAUGACAUAUUUCUGUUGAAAUGACUGAAACGGUCAUGAGCAGAUCGAUUCUACUCUGAAAACUCUAAACUUGCUCUCUCUGUCUGUCUGUCUGUCUGUCUUUCAGAGGUUGAACCCCGGCAAGAAAACACCAGAAAAAAAACAAACAAAAAAAAAAAGACCUGAGAACAAAAAUCAACAAAAACAAAAAUGGAGCAGAAAAUAAACAGUGAACUGGCCCUUUAUCCAUCCCUCACACACUCCGACUGGAAAAGACAAAAAAAUGAAACCCACAGGACUUCUCUUCUCCCAUCUCCAUCCUGUUAGUGAAACCUUUUGCUUUCGGCAAACCUGAGAAAAGAAAAAAAAAGCGAAAAAAAGCACUUUAGUUUCUGUACAUGAACAAAUGAACUCCUGAAGAAAGAAAGAAAGAAAAAAAAAGUGGUUCCUCUUUUUUAUACAUGAGUAUCAUUGGAAAAUAAAAUGAAAGCAGCAGUGGUUUUCACCUGAUUUUCUUCCUCCUUUCACCUGGUUAGAGCACAUUUCCUCCAUGCGACCCACAAAUUCGCUCUUCCUCAUUUGACAUCCAUACCCCCCCUCCCUUUCCCACAAUCCCCUCUGCUCCCGAGGGUUCCCUGUUUUCCUUUGUGCCAGAGGGACGCCAUUAAAGAUCAGCCUACCCAAGGCCCCCCCACAACGGCUGUUGUCUUGUGCCUUGAUGUAGAACAAUUUACAUGAACAUGAUUGUACAGUUCUGUUUCGAGACGCUAAAGAAGACCCGAGAGAGCGAGAAGGAAGACGAGGAGAGAAUGACGACAGAUUAAUAUUGUAAACGAUAUUGUGAAAACAAAUUUCAGCAAGAUUAAAAUGUAUUUUAGAUACACUCGGGUUUGGGGUACUUGUGUUGUUCUUCAAAGGUCUUUAAGCUGUAAGAAGAGGUCGAAGAAUUGAGAUGAUGAGAGGCUUAUAUUUGUACAUUAACGCCUGAAAUACUGAUAAAUAAUAUCUGAGGAUUACGAAAGAUAAACUUGAAGGCUUCAGCGAGUUAGUUUGUAAUCCAUUCCUAGACAAUCUGACAUGAUUGCUCAUUCAGAGAUCUUUAAAUUCAUCUCAAAUUCGGCCGAUUAGGAAAACUCCAACAUCACUUUGAAUGCAGAGACAGUCUGCACUGGGACUAUUUUCUGACUGACACCACAGCGGCAUGGAUACAUGAUGAUAUACAGACAAACCUGCAUGGGUUAUUGCUUAAUAAAAGGCAGCCAAACCUGCAGUCAGACUUGUUCUUCUUUCAUAACACAUAAAUCAGUUUCAAUCAGAAUAAGAGUAUUAUUCGUGAGCCCUGGAAAUCAGAAACAUGUGUCUAAGUUUGACAGGAUAGAGCGUGCAUCUUUAGUUGCACACAGCGCAGGGUUGACUGAACUUUUUGGAGGCUCUGGUGUCCUUACAGCAGCACUCCAACAGGUGGCAACGUUAUUGCCUUGACAAAAAGUUCCACUGGAGCUGCGCAGGGUCUCACAGGUGGAGCUGAAGUCCUAAAAGCAGAAAAACAAUCCAGCGGUGGAGACUAAUGAGGGUUCAGAUUCGUUAAUUUGCACAAAUGAGAAGCAAGGCACUGAAAGGACUUCAAAACAUGCGCUAUAAAAACACAUUUUCCCUUUAUUAAACGAUUUUAUCCCGGUGCCAUUAUCCCAGGCUGUUAACACUCCUGUGAGUGGACUCUGACUGGAAGUUAAUGAUCUGGGGUUGUGGGAUUUUGAUGAGAUUUAAUGGAGGAAAAGUGGGAAAUGACACGAGGAAAGGAAGGCACAUAAACCGAGCUCAAAAACAUAAAACCUCGGCUGGAUUCUCAGACCAGCUGCAGCCACGGAAAGCUUGAAAAACACGCAGUUCUCUUUUGAAACUGCAGAUUAACCUGUUAAUUACGGAGCCUUUCCUGGAUGUACCACCAAUAUCUGAAGUGCAGAAGUUGCUCUGUUUCCAGAAAAGUCUCAGACAGAGAGGAUAAAUAAAGGCCCCGCAGCUUUUGGAUGACAAAUACUUGAUGUACGUUUGGAAAUGGAGGGGAUAAUGAGCCCAUUCAAUAAGGGUGAAAUUGAAAAACACGAUACAGUCUGAGCUAUUCGGCUGCACGGAUGGAUGCCAAGUGUGCGCCGGAGCAAGUGCAGGAUAUUUGUCACCGAGUGCAUCUCACAGCCAAGCACACAAAGAGCUGUUGGGGCGGAGAGGGUAAAGAAAAAGAUCUUGUUUAGUUUGGAUGAAAAAUGAGGCAUCAACAGCAGACAUACAUCACUCAUGGUAAAGACACGCUCAGGGUUUUAAAGCCAACUUUAUAAUUAAUGGGAGGAAAUGCAUGAAAAUAUGUGUACUUAUGGUAUAGAAGCAAAACAGAGCAGGAUUUAUGCGCCUUCCCCCUCUUAAGCCUUUAAACCCUCAUCUGUCAGUUGUUUUUACAGUCUUUCCACUCAUGCUCGCUCUCCGUCUUACUAUCUGUCUCCUGAAGUCGGAGCCACGCUAAACUCCACAUGGAAACUUCUCCUGCAUGACUGAAGAGGGAAAAAAUACCCCCCUUCUCUAAAUUCUGAUAAUUGAGGGGGACGGGAGGUUGAGGGCUGAUUCCUGGGUUGAUUUGGUUUUAAAGCGUCUCUCUCAGCAGUUAUCUAACAAUCCCACUAGGCCAGUGAGAAUAGAGGUCCUAAUGACACACAGCUGCUUCCAAUAGGGGCCCUUCCAGUUGGAAAUUAGAUGGUUCAUAUAGGAGAAACCAAGAAGAAGCAAGCCCCCAUCUCCAGGGGGAAGACGUGCCGCUCGUCCAGUUCCCAGAAUCCUUCGCCACAAAACCAACUUCUAAACCUGAGGCUUUGGAGGAUGCUGCUUUUUAACGUUUUAGGGGAUAAGAGAGAGAGGAAAAUGCGUCAUACUCUGAAAACUUCGUGCAACAGUUGGGGAAACAAUCCGUGCCACAAUGCGCAACUAAGGACUGAAAUGCUUAUAAAAUGCCUUUGGCGAGUUAUGUAAAAAAAAGAGCCAGAUUUGCAGCGUCAAAGAAGUAUUUCGCUGACCUCAUCUAUCAAGGAGAAAUGGGUUUAUCAACAACCUCAGUAUCUUUGAGUUCACUGUGUAUUUCACAUACUCACAAAGCAGCUAUUGUCCUCAUCUCUCAUGCUCGAGGGUGGUAAGCUCAGACGCUUUUAUAAUGCUCUUUAUAAUGACAUACUGCUGUGUCUAUCAGGCAUCUGAUAAAUCAUUUAACCUGCAGCAACUACAGGUUUUGAGAAAUGAAGCUGAUGUUCAAGAACUGAAAACUGCAGUUCCUCAAGCGUCCACUAGAGGCAGACUCCAAAAACCCAGAAGCCACAUACAUACCCAACCUGAAAAGCAUAGACAUUAUACACAUAGACGCCUCAUGACAUGCUGGAGCGUAAUCCAGUGUCGCCGCCAUAUCGGAUGGGUCUCCCCACUCAAGGCUCACUCAAGAGCCAAAGGGGGUCAAUGGAGACCGAGCAACUGUGCCCGUAUUUUUGAACUCCACGGUUGAAAGACCUGACGAAGUAUUGAAACCAGAACACGUAGCGUUACAUUUCACAAAUAGGACUGGAAAAUGUAUGUGUUUUUUUUACGUGUGACAUCGUCCUGUAUUAUGGCUACAUCCCUGUGAUUUGAAACGAACCAAACAGUGUGAAAAUCAGGCAGAGAUUCGAAGAGUUAUGAUUAAUAUGGUUGGGCAUUCCUACCUACCUUAAUGCACUGGAGGAGCAUAGGGGACCCAUCCAAGACAGCGGCCGCGCUGAUGCGUGAGCUCCAGUAGGCAGCGUCCGGCUUUGAGACGUGUAUGUAUAUUAUGUCUAUGCCUAUGCCUGCCUCUAUGCCCAUCUUCAAGUGAAGUAGACACGCUAACAGCCUUCCAGUCGAGUAACUCAUUCUGUACUGAGGUGAUUUUAGAAAAUAACUUUGAUCGAUCAAAAGUUACUUGGACUUUUGUCUCUUAUGUAUCAGACUAAACCUAAAAACAUCGUAAAGGUGUAUUGGGCUGUGAGUUUUACUGCGAUCAGCUGUCAAAUUUAGAGCUUCGAAGCAUCAAGUAUUUUUCAAAUUGAAUAAAAGCCCCGAAGUUUCUUAUACUACUUCUUUCACUCGUCAUUGAAAUGGAGAAAAUCACUUACCUCAUUACUUCUGAAACAAAAACCACGUGUAAGCGACAGGUGUACCCCUCUCCAACUGUUUUUAUAGGGUGCUCAAUUAACACCUAU